AGAAAGCAGCCGAGAAACACACUAAAACUAAAAGCAUCACACACACACUCCUCUUUCCGGCUUUUUGUUGUCAAGCUUUGUUCUCUCCACUCUUCCUUUAUCUUUCUUUCUAUUUGCCAAAUUCAUCGACCACCAUCAGCACCACCACCGGAGCUGCCAUCGCCAUGUGCGAUCCGCCGUCGUUUGACUGAGCUUUUCUCAUUGAUAGCAAUUUUUGCUUUCCUUCCCUGAAUUAAGUGCGGUGUCGUUUAUUUGUAUCCGAAAGUAAUGGCGAUUGAAGAAGACUUAGAGAGUUGUGGAAGCAGAGCAGUGGAGUCGUAUUCACAGGCGAAUCCACGACACCAUAUGCAAAAGCUGGAGGUGUAUAACGAAGUGCUUAGGCGAAUUCAAGAUUUUAAUUAUGAGGAAGCGAAUCUUCCUGGCUUCGAUGAUCAGCUUUGGCUCCAUUUCAAUCGAUUACCUGCAAGAUAUGCAUUGGAUGUGAAUGUGGAGAGAGCAGAAGAUGUGCUUACCCAUAAGAGAUUGCUGCAGUUGGCAGAAGAUCCUGCUAAUCGACCAGCAUUUGAAGUUCGUCUUGUCCAGGUCUAUCCUGUCUCCAAUGGCAUGUCUAUUGAUUCUGGCCAUGCAGAUGCUGCAAUGAAAGAAGAUGCACAAAGUUCUUAUGUUUCAAUCAGACAGAGCAUCCAUCCACCUCCUACAUUUGGCUCAUCACCUAAUCUUGAAGCACUUGCAUUUCAAGCCAAUAGGUAUCAUGUUGAAGAUGGAGAUAGUGCUGUAAAUUCAAUGCACCUUUCUCGGCCUAUGCACGAGAUCACCUUUUCAACAGUUGACAGGCCAAAACUCCUUAGUGAGUUGACUUUCCUACUUGCUGAGAUUGGAUUGAACAUUCAAGAAGCUCAUGCUUUCUCCACUGUUGAUGGGUAUUCAUUGGAUGUUUUUGUUGUUGAUGGUUGGCCACAUGAGGAAACUGAGGUCCUUAAAAAUGCUGUGCAAAAGGAAAUCCAGAAAUUUAAGGAGCGGUGUUUGUCAAAACAGCCAUCUAUUUCUUCUGUGACCAAACAAAAUGAUCCUGGGGUAGAAUCUCUUCCUGACUGCAUUGAAAUACCUAAUGAUGGAACUGAUGUCUGGGAAAUUGAUACCAGUCAGCUAAACAUUGAAAACAAAGUUGCAUCUGGAGCAUAUGGUGAUCUGUACAAAGGCACGUAUUGUAGUCAGGAAGUGGCCAUCAAAAUCCUCAAGCCUGAGCGUGUCAGUGCAGAAAUGCUUAGGGAGUUUUCCCAAGAAGUUUAUAUAAUGAGGAAAAUUCGGCAUAAGAAUGUUGUACAAUUCAUUGGUGCAUGCACCAGACAUCCAAACUUGUGCAUUGUGACUGAGUUCAUGGCUAGAGGAAGUAUAUAUGACUUUAUACAUAAACAGAAGGGUGCGUUUAAGCUUCCAUCCUUAAUCAAAGUGGCAGUUGAUGUGUCCAGGGGAAUGAAUUAUCUUCACCAAAAUAAUAUAAUCCAUAGGGACCUGAAAACUGCUAAUCUUCUGAUGGAUGAAAAUGAAGUUGUCAAGGUUGCUGAUUUUGGGGUUGCCAGAGUGCAAACUCAAUCUGGAGUAAUGACAGCUGAAACCGGAACAUACCGUUGGAUGGCUCCUGAGGUGAUUGAACACAAACCAUAUGAUCACAAGGCAGAUGUUUUCAGCUUUGCAAUAGUGUUAUGGGAACUUCUAACGGGAGAACUUCCUUACUCGUACUUGACCCCGUUGCAAGCAGCUGUAGGUGUAGUGCAAAAGGGUCUAAGGCCUACAAUCCCCAAGCAUGCUCAUCCAAAACUUGCGGAACUGCUCGAGAGAUGCUGGCAGCAUGAUCCAGCUCAAAGACCCAACUUCUCUGAAAUUAUCGAUAUCCUUCAUCAGAUAGCCAAGGAGGUUGGAAAUGAGAGGGAAGACCGGCGCAAAGAUAAAUCAUCUGGUGGGUUCUUUUCAGCACUGAUAAGAGGUCACCAUUAAGUUGGGACGAAGUGAGUAGCUGUUAAUAAUGCAUCCAUGUGCAGGCGAUUUCCGUCGUAGAUAGAUUUCAAUUGUACAAAAUGCUUUGCUCUGACGGUGUUUUUUUUCCCUUUUUAAGUUAAUAGGUUCUUGUAUGUUCUUUUUUUUUGGCCUUUUCUCUUCGCUUUCUUUCUCCAUUCUCUUUUUUGUAGGUUGAUUAUAGUGUGUAAGUCUCUUCUAAGGGAUACAUGAUUAUAUAGAAAUUUUCGAAUCGUCAUGACCUCUCUUUUUUCUUAUUA